CCUGCCAAGAUCGACGAGGUCUGACAAUCCAAUGACCAUCUCUAGAUUAAUGCGGCCACUGAACAAUCACCGCAAGGGAUAGUGACGGUGUACCAUCAAGUCGUCCACGUCAAUACUUCAAUACUUCAAUGCUGUCGCCCACGCAAGGGAAAAUGCCGUACUCUACUUUCUUUGGGAUUCCUUCUCUCUUGCGACACUCCAGAGAACGGGAAAACUUAAAAUAAGGCUUAGGGGGCAUUCAAAGACUUUUUGUUUUUUGGUUUCUAAGCUCAUCUAAGCAGUUUGUACAGUUGCUUGGGAACAAUGGAAAACAAGGGAGUGUUGCAGAGUAGGGAACUCUAUCAGUACCUCCUGGAGACUAGUGUCUAUCCACAUGAACUGCAGCCUCUCAAGGAGCUAAGGGAUGUUACUGCAAGUCAUCCGUGGGCCAUUAUGGCAACUGCCCCAGAUGCUGGUCAGUUGAUUGCCAUGCUCUUGAAACUAAUAAGUGCCAAAAAGACAAUAGAGAUUGGUGUCUUUACUGGAUACUCCCUACUGCUUACUGCCCUUACAAUACCAGAUGAUGGCAGGAUUGUAGCAGUUGACCAGAACAGAGAUACAUAUGAGAUAGGGCUGCCAAUCAUAAGAAAAGCUGCAGUUGAACAUAAGAUCGACUUCAUUGAAUCCGAGGCUCUUCCAGUUCUUGAUAAACUCCUUGAAGAAAAUCUUAACCACGAAGCCUUUGACUUUGCUUUCGUUGAUGCGGACAAAUUAAAUUAUCUGAAGUACCAUGAGAAACUGUUGAAAUUGUUAAAGCUUGGUGGAAUAGUUGUAUACGACAACACACUUUGGGGAGGAACGGUGGCCUUGCCGGAAGAAUCUGUGGCUGAGGAAAUGAAAGCAGGCAGGCAUUUCACAAUUGAGUUCAACAAAUUGCUAGCUGCUGAUACCCGAGUUCAAAUAUCCCAGGUUCCUCUGGGUGAUGGGAUUACUAUUUGUAAGCGUCUCCACUAAGCUUAUGCAGGAGUAUUUACUUGGUAGCUGUAAAUUUCUGUUCUUUGUCAACAUGCUUGUAAGCAUGAAAUUGUGGACUUAAGAUUCUUGUUUUGUGUUUAUAAUAUCAGCCUUCAGUACAAGAUUUUAAUGCCUUUUUGAAAUAGAUAAAAGAAGUCAUCGUUGGAAGGAAAUUAUUUGCUAGUCACAUAAG